AUGGGGACCCUCAGCUGCUGCCUCCUGCUCGCCCUGGCCCUGCUCAGCCCCCGCGCCGCUGCUGCCAGGAAGGGCAUGUGGAAGAACGAGCUGGGCUCCAACAUGACCCUCUUGGCCCUGGACGCGGCCGGGACCUUCUCAGGCUCCUACCACACCGCCGUGGCAGUCACCAACAAGCGGAUCCUGGUGUCACCUCUGCAAGGGACCCAGCAGCACCCCGGUACCAAGGGGCAGCCCACCUUCAGCUUCACCGUGCAGUGGCAGUUCGCAGCUCCUCUGCCGGGCAGCCGAGAUGCCCGGCAGGGAAAAGGCCAGCACAAAGGAGGCAAAGGCGACCAACGCCAAGUGGUGGUCGAGCCACGAGCAGGAACGCCCCGCAAGGAAGAGCAAGCAGCGCAACCUGACUGGGAGAACGAGCUGGGCUCCAGGAUGCACGUGUCCGCAGCCGACGGCCGGGGCAACUUCUCCGGCGAGCACCACACCACUGUGUCGAGCGCCCAGAAACCCACCGAGCCGUUCCCGCUCGCUGGCUCCCAGCACCUGGGUGAGGAUGGGCAGUGCGCCUUCGGCUCCACCGUCAACUGGGAGAAGUUUUCCUGCCCAGCGAUCGGAAAGCCACCGGUCUCUAGCACCACCUCCAUGGGCCAGUGCUUUGUGGACGAAGAUGGGAAGGAAACAUUGAGGACCAUGUGGAUCAUGCAAGAUGAAGGAAAGUGGAUGGCGGAUGAGUGGAAAGUCAGUGGCCCGCUGCCCGUGGGGCUCUGGUUACAGCCCUAUAAAGGGGCAGGGCGCAGGGCCGGGAGGGAACCGUGCCGGGCGCUUUGCAGCCCCACAGCCAUGGGGAGCGGUGCCUUUGCCCUGGUCCUCGCCCUGGCCCUGGUGUCGUGCGUCACCCCUGCGGAGAGGAAGUGCCAGCUCAGUGGGCUGUGGAGGAAUGAGCAGGACUCACUGAUGGAGAUCUCAGCGGUGAGGGACAACGGGGACUUCCAGGGGAAAUACCUCACACGGGUGACGCUGGCCGGUGGCUGUGCCCGCACCUCCCCCCUGAAGGGUGCCCAGCAGCAGCCCGGAGAGGGGGGCUGGCCCACCUUCGCCUUCACCGUGCGCUGGGACAAGUUCUCCAAUGCCACCACCGCCUUUGCGGGGCAGUGCUUUGUGGACAUGGCUGGGAAGGAGACGCUGACAACCAUGUGGCUGCUGCGCGAAGCCGUCGGGUCCCUCGAGGAGGACUGGAAAGCCACGAGGGUAGGCAGAAACGUCUUCACACGCAAACGCACCCCAAAAGGGAAGAUGCUGCCGAGCUUGUCCCCAUCCUGUGAGGACACGUCUUUGCCUGCCCCAUGA